GCCGCGCCGCCGCCCGUCCCGCGGCGCUCCGGCGGACGGAGGAGCCAGAGCAGCGACCGCGCGCGGCAUGAGCCGGGCUCCGCGCGGCGCCGCGGGCAGCCGCGGCCUGGGCACCAUGGAGGUGAAGAGCAAGUUUGGGGCAGAAUUUCGACGAUUUUCUCUGGAGAGAUCCAAACCUGGAAAGUUUGAGGAGUUCUAUGGAUUAUUGCAGCACGUGCACAAGAUCCCAAACGUUGAUGUUCUGGUGGGAUACACAGACAUUCACGGGGACCUGCUGCCCAUCAAUAAUGAUGACAAUUAUCACAAAGCAGUUUCUACAGCCAAUCCUCUCCUCAGGAUUUUCAUUCAGAGAAAAGAAGAUGCAGACUACAGUGCCUUCGGGACGGAUACCAUGACGAGGAAGAAGAACGUCUUAUCCAACGUGCUGCGUCCGGAUAACCACAAGAAGAAACCCCACAUUGUCAUUAGCAUGCCCCAGGACUUCAGGCCCGUGUCCUCCAUCAUAGACGUGGAUAUCCUGCCCGAGACCCACCGCAGGGUGCGGCUCUACAAGUACGGCACCGACAAACCCCUGGGCUUCUACAUCCGCGACGGCUCCAGCGUCAGGGUCACCCCGCACGGGCUGGAGAAGGUGCCGGGCAUUUUCAUCUCCAGGCUGGUCCCCGGGGGGCUGGCGCAGAGCACGGGCCUGCUGGCCGUCAACGAUGAGGUGCUGGAGGUGAACGGGAUAGAGGUGUCGGGAAAAAGCCUCGAUCAAGUUACAGACAUGAUGAUUGCCAACAGCCGCAACCUGAUCAUCACGGUCAGACCCGCCAACCAGAGGAACAACAUCGUGAGGAACAGUCGGACUUCGGGCAGCUCCGGCCAGUCCACCGAGUCCAGCCUUCCCAGCAGCACUCCCAACAUCCUGGGGAGUCUGCUGCAGGGAGAAGAGGAGAGCGAUGAGGAGGACAUUAUUAUUGAAGACAGUGGCGAGCCACAGCAGAUCCCAAAAGCAGCGCCUGCCAGCGAAAGCAUAGAAUCCUUGUCACAAAUUGAACUCCUCCACGAGUCCACACAAAAUGGAUUCCUUCCUUCCAGUGAGAUGAACUUGACUCACUCAGCGGGCAGCAUUAGCAUGGAGUAUGAAGUCCCAGAGCCAGGGCGUAAGUCCUUAGAAGAAGAUGGAACUAUAAUAACUUUAUGAAAUGACUAUGGUGUACUUUGUAUAAGUAAGGAUGCCAUACAUGUUUUAAUUGGGCUUAAUAUAUAACACAUCUUAUACCUCUCCAUCUACCAAGCACUGCAGUUAGGUUAAAAGGAGGGAAAAAAGUAAAUUCAAGCAAUUCAAAAUUACAUAAGUUGACUAACUUCAUUAAUUCUGCACUUCAAUGUAAAUAAUUCACAAAGCUGGACGAUAAUUGAUAAAUAGCUGAAAUUGAAUAAGGAAAAUUUAAAUUGAAAAUGAAGGAUAGCUAAUAGAUGACUGUGAGCUUUCUGUUAAAGGUACUUGAUUUUUAUUAUUUUAUAAUGCUGUACACUACUGGUUCUGUAGAAGUAAACUUCCUUAUGUCUGCUGCUCCGCUGGCAGGGCUGUGUGUGGGCUCGGAGCAAGAGGGAGCUGGGAGACAGCCAGAGGUGGGCUGGAGGAGACUGGUCUGGUCCUGGAGGACACAGGGACAGCAAGGCUCUGUGGGCACUGGGGCUUUGGAGGUCACUGUUCCUUUGUGAGUGAAUGUGCAACCACAGGCAAGUUAGUCAGGCACCAUUACUGGUUUUAAUGGCCGGCAAGCUUACUUUUAAUGGCUCUGAUUUUGAAAUUCAGAUGUGAAACUCUUAACACUAAUGCAUCAAAGACCUGUUCUCAUUCUAGUUUGCAAUAUUUAAGGACGUGAUUGGAUUUAGUUACUAAUCCCAGUAAAUGACAAACAAAUCAAAUGUAAACUUAAUGCUAUGGAAAUAGCAUAAUGUAAUCUCUGUUACAAUUGCAGUCCUAGUAGAAACUGUAAUGAUUUCUACCAGCAAAGGUUUGUUGCAAUGAGGCUGGAUUAUAUAAUAGUGACUUUCUACAAACCUGAACAAGUUAGAACAGUCUGUUAAAUCCCUGGAUUAAAAGAAGUUUUAAAUCAGAAUGAGGCUUUACUACACCUCGUUUGAGCCACGUGAUAUUAACUUAUUCAUUAUGAGUAAAUGCAGAUUGCUGUGUGCCCCUGGCUGGGUGUUGUGGAUAUUACAGUGUUGCUGUGUGUGAAAACACUGAUGACAAGUCCUGAUGUUGCAAGAGCAAAGGUGUGUGUGCGUGUAACCACUGCACUCACUGGGACAGCUGCAGGGGAGGCUUCUAGCAUUGUUUUUAUCCUUCCCCUUUUUGUAUCUCCUGCUUUACCCUCUUGGUUCUCAACCUGACCCUCUGGGAACAGAAGCUGUGGCAGGAAAACGAGCUGGGGUCUAAUAGGGCUGGGGAGGAGGAUCUCCCCAGGGAUGCCGUGGCCUCUGUCAGCCUGUCAGGAGGAGGAGGAGGAGGCUGCUACCAGCUCUGUCCUGUGCUCCCAGAGCAGCAGCCAGGUGCUUGGGAGUGCUCCACCCUCUGGGAAGAUGUGAUGAGUGGGAAGGGAGACUGACCCCUUUCUUUUUUUCCCCUCAGUCUAUUUGAGGAAAAUCUACCUCUGGUAACUUUACAAACAGGAGACCAACUCAGCUUAAUGGUAGGGCAUCUGUAAAAGUCGUCGCAGAGCAUCGGAGGUGAAACCUGUAUUUGUUUCAGGUUUUUGUGAUGAUGCAAACACUGCUGCAGAAACAAAUCCCUGCUGUUUGAUGUUACAAAGUGAGCAGUAGUUUUCUCAAACCUCCAAUGCCAUUGGAGUCCAGGAUGCCGAGAGAGGCAUUCAUCCUCCUUAGGAUUUAUGGAGAAUAGGCACAGCAGGCAGUGGUACUCUGCAAAUACAGGUGAGGGGCUCUUUUGUUACACUUAUUUAUGGUUUCUUAGUGUGUGUGUGUGGAAAGCCUUUUUACAAGAGCAAGAUCUUUCAAGUGUUUCACUUGUUUUACUAAUAAUUAUUAAAAAUGAAGUAACUACAUCCCCUUAGUGUGAAAUGAGAAAGAGAAAUGUUCAUUCUGCAACAUGGAGACUUUACCUGUACAUGUUUUCUCUCAGUGCUGCUCUACGCUUCCUUUCUUUACGGAAGAUUGUUUACUUCAAAAAUAUCUUAAUUUUCCUUUGUCAAAAGACUUUCCUUCCUGUAUGAAAUCACCAGUGGAGGGUGAGACUCAUUAUUCUGCUAGUUUGCACUUCUGUGCCUUUGGUUUACUUGAAUGUAUUGUGGCUAAUCAAAGGAAUAAAGGCACUUGGAUGGGAAGAGAAGAGGUGCAGAGGUACAGAGGAUGAGCUGGUCGUGCACUUGGUGCAGGUGGAACGUUUCCAUUCCGUGCAGAUCCGCGCUGGGGCUGGGCUGGCCCGUGAGGAUUUUGCAGCUCGCAGCACAGCUGGCAGGGCUGAGUCUGCCCAGCAGCCUGGGCAGGCCCCAGCCCUGAGGCUGUGUGCUGCCAGGCUCGUGCCUGGCUGGUUUGAAUAAUAUUUAUGCCAGUAUUAAGGACUUGUAGAAAUUUAACUGAGGUCCUACUCCAAACUGCAUGAGACUUCCACUCUUAGGACCUUUCCUGCAAACCGAGUAAUCUAAAGGUGAGAUAAUGUUCUUUUUGACAUAGAUCAUUAUGUUCUGUUUCACAGAAAUUUGGUGACAUGUAGUAAAGCUAAGCAUUUGGGACUUGAUAAAAACUUAAUAGAUCUAAAGAAUGUGUAUUUACAGGUACAAUGACAGACUGCACAGCAUGUAAUUGCUUAACGCUGCAGUUACCAUAAAGUUUCUGAAGUUCUUCCAUAUCUUACUAAUACAUACACUGUUAAUUACAAAAGAUUUUUAAAUUGCUACUUAGGGAUGAUCAAUGGUUGAUUAUGAGUGGCUAAAUUUAAUUUUAUAUAUAAAUGAUACUAGGGUUCAGUAUAAGGUUUUUUAAAAUAUGCUGAUAUUGUUAGCCUUUCAUUCACUACCUCCUAAAUUUUUAACAUCUCUACUGUUUUCUCCCUGGAAGACAAUACUUAAAGGCUUGACUGUUUUAUAUAGAUUUUAUCUAUAGGUAAAAAAAGGAGAAGAAAUGCAGAAGUGAUAGUGAGGAUGCUGUGCAUGAUUGACAAUAUUACGCUGCUAUUGAUGUAAUCUGUGUAUUAAGUAUCCUGUGUGUGUAAAUUGUGUUUUCAAUCCAGGUUUUAUAAAUUAAUUUAUGAAAUACCCAAAUUAUUUCAGAAUGGAAUGAAAAACUAAAAUUCCUUUGACUAGUGUUAUAUGUUGUGUACAUGCACAGAGGGGGACAAGUGAUUCCUCCCUGGUGGCUGGGAGAUCCAAGUGCACCUUAAUAGAAAGAACAAAUUCUUAAUAGAAUUAAGAUGCAUUUACUUUAAAGUUCUGCUGUGGUACUGGAGAAGUCAAGCCUAACUGUGAAUCAUAUGUGUUUUUCCACACCUGAAUUAAAUUUAGGACAAUGUUCUCACAAGCUGUCUUUAACAUGUGUAUUUUUGUGAAUAUUAUGUAUUUUCUAAUUAAAUUUUACUUGCAAUGUGAUUUUUACAUGAAUGAACUUGUUUAAAAUGUCAAAUAUCAGUAUUUUUCUUACAACUUUAAUGUAUAAUGUACAUUGGUAUCUCACCGAAUGAAGAUUGAUUUUACAAAAAUCAAGCUAGAUGUAGUUGUAUAUUAGUCUUAUAUUUUUACAGACCAAAAUAAUAAAUGGAUAUAGAAAUAAAA